GCCUGCACCGCGUCUCUUUUAAGCACCCGAAAGGACCGACGUGCAACCCCUGCUCCCUCCCCAAAAAAGCCCACCUUCGACACGCCGCCGUAUGCUUUCCAUUUGACGUUCCUACUGCGUUAGACCUCAGCCUGCACAUUGCUAUCGUCACUGUCACCCUCACCUUGACAUCUUAGCGCCGACCUCCCCGACUUUUUCACCUUACCUUCUCUCGCCUUUACUUUGAGGGAUCAAGCUGCUGCAGCCUGAUCACCAUCUGUUAUCCACUUCUCCAAGAGGAAAAAAAAAAAACCCCCAUCCUCACUGCGCCAACAUACCUCCAUCGCGGUUCCCAUCAUCACUACCAGCCGACAAAAGAACCCACAUGCUAAUUUUGACCAGCUGCUACCGAGCCGUCUCUCGCGCCCGAGUGACGUCUCUGGAGCUCCAGGACCCGCGCUGCAAUACUUCAUUGCAUCAACCAGAUGGACCUACCAACAGUUUCCUCGGAAGCACCAGAUCGCGCAGCCUCCUCAGAGCCUAGCUCAACGAGGCCGAACCCCUUCACCGACGGCGACGAUUCUUCUAGGAAACGACGCCGAACGUCCAUGUCUGGUGGCUCCCGGAGCCUCUCCGUCGACAGUACCAAAGCGAGCAUCGAUACCUCAAGCUCACCAGCGGCAAACCGCCCCGACGAAGCUGCCACACAAGACUCUGCCAUGAAGAUAGACACGCAUUCCUCUACCCCGCAAACACCAGAACGGCAGUCGACAGCUCGAGAGCCUCCGACAGAACCUUCCUCUAGCCGGGUCACGAUAAACCUACGCAAUGCCACCCAGCCCGAUCCUCUCUCCUCUUCUCCUGUCUCGCCGACACCCCGGAACAUAACAGACCCACCGACUGAACUUCCGGAAGGUGUGAAGAAGAGUGUUGAAGACCUGGGCGAAGUCGACAUGGCGCAAGCUCCUAUCGAGAUCACAGAUACCCCACCUUCUUCGUCGUCAAGCCCACAGAGCCCCGAGGUCGAGGUGGUUGCAAUAACCGACGAUGACCAGGAUGCUCCGUACGACGACGAUGUCAGUAUCAUUCGCGAGGAUGCUGCAUCCUUCGACCCGACCCCCGAUUUUCCGUACAACGAGGCUCACGAGUCACUUCCUGAUACUGUCACGAAGCUAGUUCAAUAUCUGAGUUCCCAAGCGCCCCCGGAAGAAGCUGUGCUAGAGUCUCUGUAUGCCUGGAUGGUCUCAUACGUUAAAUACGUUGGCCUCGUUGGUGGCAGGGUCGCGUACGAUUCCCAAGUGGCUUAUCAGACCUUUUGGCACAUGUUUCCCGAAAUCGCCUGGGCUUUGGCGACUAGAAAACAUCCUAUUCCACUGGAAACACGGCAAACGAUUGGCCAAUUUUUUCACGCCUAUGCCAGGAUGACCGCUCAUUUUGUCGAAUUCGAUUUCAUCACAGCUCAGGCUUUUCAGAUGUCUCCAGGCGACGAACGGCGCCAACCGGAAUUUCUUCUCUUUCGCUUUUUGCAGCCCUUGACGUCAUUCGCUAAGAGAGAACAUAGCCGGGCUCAGAACGGCCAAAUACCUGACGAAGAGCUGCUCAGCACCGACAUGCUGAACACUUUCCAGGCGGGAAUUGGUGGUAUCAAAGGAUUGAUCAAGCUAGCUCAGAUGCACUUGAGCAAUGCGCCGAGAUAUCAACAUUUGAUGGACGUACUCGCGCCGAUUUGCAGCGUCGCUGCACAUAUCCUUCAAAAGGUUGUUCAGGGUAUCCACCGAGAAGCCUCCCCUCAGAGCCUAGAGAUGGCGAAAGUCAGAGUGGCGGACGGUCAUUUGCUGUACAACCUAGCUUCCAAUGCCUUUUCCGCAACGAUCGAAAACAAGGUAACUCAGCUCACAAACGACACGACAACAAAUCUCAUUCAUUCGCUUUCGGAAGUUUUCAAAAUCUGCCUCAGCGGUGAACACAGGCUGGCCACAGAACGUCUGAGAGCGUACCAGCAAAAACAUCCUGAGUUGCCCUCUAAAUUCAUCCCAGAGGCCAUCUCGCUGGAAUGGCGACUUGGAAUAUACGGAAAGCUCAUCACGUCGAGUCAGAUGCAGCUGCGUGUCCUGGCAGCAUCGAACAUGUGCCAUGAUCUGGUUACUUGCUGGAAGAGGUACAGCGACAAUGAAGAUGAGGAGUGCAAGCAGUUUUUGAAUUACGUGGCCGAGUACCUUCUUCGAACCAAGUUAGUCGACUACAUCUUGGGACCGACAUGCCAUCCCGAAAUCACAGUCGAGAGCGGUAAUAUCGUCGGGUUCCUGGUCGUUACUCGCCUAUAUCGUAGCGGGCAAACCGAUCUGCUAUGGCAGACCAUCACCACUGCUCAAGAUCCACGAGUUUCAGAAGCCUUGAUUCGCAUGACAACGGGCAUCACAAACUUGUUCUCCAAGGAGGAGCUGCAUUACUUGUGCGAGAAGAUGCAAACCUUGCCCAUCGAGAAUUUCACCGCAUCUUUACGGGGACUUUGCGACCAAAGCCUGAAGUCUCUUCAGCACAAAACCCAGAUUGCGGGCGAGUCGCAGAGCGUGCUGCCGUUGAGUAUCUGCAUCCGACUUUUGCGAGAAUCCUCGAUAUAUGUUUCGGAUUCGGUCGUUGCUUACCCAGACGUUCAUCACUUUGCAAUGAACAAGUUCAGAGAACUAGUGAGAGACGGUAUUGAACCCGAGGUGCGGAAAGAGAUCUACCUCGACUGCAUCAAAGAUAUUGCUGCAAAGACGUCGACGACAUUGGGCACUUUGUCAUGUCUCUCAAUGGCAUUACGGCCUGCCGUGGCGUCCGAGCUACGAACCUUGACGACAGACCAUAACUUGACAUCAUUGCUUAUUGAUGAACUUGAGCAUGCGAUUGAGCAAGGGAAGCACAAUGGCAUCAGAAGGACCCUCGGCGGAGCGGCCAACCAUUCUCGAAGAGAUCUCAUUACCAAUAUCCUGGCUUACGAGCCAUCAACAGUCACAUCAGACCUGGGUCCACGCCUUUGGGAUAUGCUUGUGGGCUAUGGUGCAGCGAGUCAAGACGAUCGGGACGAUGGCUGGAAAAUCUUGAACUCCCUCCCCAAAACAGCAUUUGGCAACCCUUUCCUAUCAGUCUGCUUUAGCGACUACCUACCGCAUCUUCCUCGCGAUUGUCUCUGCGGAGGAGCAUUGGAAUUUGUCAGAAACGCCGUUCUUCCGCGUGUCAAUGACAUCAAUGAUAUCAUACUGGAUGACCUUGAGAGUCUCGCGCAGAGCGGAGUUGAACAGCUUUGGCGCAUGAUCCUCGACGCUGAAGAUGGAGUUAUGGUUGCCAAAGACCUGACAUUCGUGGAUGCUGCGAUUCAGACGCUCGUAGGUGACAUCUAUGUCGAUAGUAAGUCUAUUAUGGCAUACCCUCAUCACAGAGCUUGCCAGGUUCAUCUGGGCCUCGUAAAUCGAUGCCUCGAGCAGAUGCUAGACGCUGCGAAGCGGCUGGAGGCUUCCAACGGCAGCAAUCCUAGCGACGAUGAGUCUAUGGCUGUCAUAUCAACCGAGGAGCAGACUUUAGAACAAGAGCGAACUUUCAGCCGAUCUCUUGCGGUUCUGCGGCACUUUAUGAAAGCUCACCAAGCCAAGGAUCACUUCUCUGCUCCCGACCUCCGCGCCUUGACACCUGGCUCGCCGAGUAUAGCCGAAGGAGAGUCAGCUGAGCUCAAAGUCCAGUCCUUUGAUGGGAACAAGCAGACAGACAUCAUUCCUCUCGAAGUCGGACGACAGAAUACAGCCGCCUCCCUUUUAGCGACUAUCAGGCAAGCAACGGGCUUCGAUAACUACCGUAUUUACUACCGUGGCCACCCGUUUGCACCCAACGAAAAUAACGUUUGUCAGUCUCUCGAAGACUUGAAAAUUCACGAUGGUCUCAUCCUGGUCAAACGGGAGGAGAAUGGUACAGCCAUGGCGUCUAGAAUCAAGCCAGGUGCCUCCCUCUUGGAAAUAGAAAUCCUGGGCCACUUCGAGCAGCUUUGGGACUAUUUGAGUAUGAAAGAGGCUAUUGCCACAGAGAUGCACACGUUUCUCACGGGGUUGCCUGCCGAUACACACAUGUUGGCUACCUUCGAUUCGUCAGAUGCCUCAUAUCGACAAGUUUUUCCAUCGGGCCAGCCAUUCAAGUCGCUAUAUGCCCUGUACGCCAUGACGGAGUACAUACGAGCUGCCGGCCGUCGACUGACCGAGGCUACAGCGACACUUACCGAUGCCGUUGAUGCAGAUGUGGACGCGUAUCUAGACGCGCUCGUCAGGGUGAGGGCACUGGUUGUAGCGGCGAUCUCCGAUCGUGAAAUCAUUGGAGACUGUGCCUCUGGAGCUCUCCAGAACCGUCUGACUUACAACUUCAUGAACGUCUACGGACUGACUUUCAGAGACCCUGAUAUCGACGAGCUCGAUGUACGGCCCAAGCCGGUAGCUAUGGCGCCUGCAGACCGCCUCGUCGAGAUUCUUCGGUCCGCGGUGUCUGCUCCUAGCCACAGCGGCUUGAUUCCCCUCAUCGCAUCGACUUUUUCGGCCAUUCUUCGAAGCGCAGCCGUCGACUCUGCCUUCUGGAUGUCUCUGAAAGCGUUGCCUGACCUCGAAGAGUUGAUGGGAAUCUUGCUCCUCGAUGAACCUUCAGAUGCAAUUCGUGCAAACGUCGCCAAGCUAUUGGAAGAAAGAGUCAUCGUGCCCUACGAACCCAACACGAAUACCAACUCGUUCUGCGCAUUCUUGUGGCCAAUGUUGCACCGACUGAUAAUUAGAGCAGCAAAAUCUCCUAAACAGUGUCAGCAGGUGUUUGACUUGUCACUCGUCCUGCUACGUGAGAUGGCAUUCGAUGAAGCUGCCGUUGCGGACAUUCCUGCUUUGGCCAGCGACUGUGGCAGGCUACUGCUCGAGCACGAUUCUACCGAGCGACUCGGACAAGCCGGGACCGAAGAUGCUGUGGCCAAUGGUUUAGUAAAACUUAUCCAGAGUUGCCUUAACGAGGGAUCGGACGUGGAUUUGGAAAGCAGCCUUCCAGCAAACCUUGGCCGAAAGCUGUUCUGGAAACACCUAUUUCCGCAACCAGGGCAGCAUAGCCUGAGUUCGAUUCGAAAUUUUCUCCUGUCGACGAAUACUAGAGGAAUUCUUGCCGAGAUCAUCUUCGACCUAGUACGCGACCGAGAAUACGAGUUCCUCGCUUUGAUUGAAGCCCUUGAAUCGCUGGUUCCGUUCGAUGAGUUUGAUAACGAUCCAUAUCUCUACGAAUUACAGCCUUCAUUCGACAGGAUGUCUGCCGUGAGGGCUCCUUGUGGCUAUGCCGGGCUCCGCAAUCUGUCCAACACUUGCUAUCUGAACUCGCUCUUCACACAGCUCUUCAUGAACACAGGCUUCCGUCAAUUCAUGAUGAACGCCCGCAUCCCAGCCCAAUCGAACACCCACGGUCUGCUCAGAGAGACGCGCAAACUCUUCGCUUUCAUGCAGGAGAGCUCUCGAAAAUUCAUCGAUCCUAGCCUCCUUGUCGGGUCGAUCAAGACAUAUGAAGAGACCGUCAUCGACGUUCACAACCAGAUGGAUGUCGACGAAUUCUACAACCUGCUUUUUGAUCGCUGGGAGGGACAGCUUUCAACAGCAGAUGACAGAAAAACGCUAAGAUCCUUUUACGGCGGUCAGCUCGUACAGCAAGUCGCCUCCAAGGAGUGCGAACAUGUUUCUGACCGACUAGAGCCAUUCUCGGCGAUUCAGUGCGACAUCAAGGGCAAGAGCACCCUCCAAGAUAGUCUCCAGGCUUAUGUCGACGGGGAGAUCAUGGAAGGAGACAACAAGUAUAAAUGCUCGAGCUGCGACCGACAUGUGGACGCAGUGAAGAGGGCUUGUUUGAAGGACAUUCCGGAUAAUCUGAUUUUCCAUCUCAAACGAUUCGAUUUCAACCUGCGGACUCUUAUGAGAAGCAAGAUCAACGAUUACUUCUCGUUUCCAACCAAAAUCGACAUGCGGCCCUACACUGUUGGACAUCUUGACUCUCCUUCCGAGCCUGGUGAAGAGGAUAUGUUCGAGUUGGUCGGUGUGCUCGUUCACGCUGGUACGGCAGAAUCCGGUCAUUACUACUCAUACAUCCGGGAAAGACCGACUGCGGCCUCCUCGGAGGCUUGGUUUGAGUUCAAUGACGACCUUGUCACGCCUUGGGACCCAGCCAAGAUGGAAGAGUCGACUUUUGGUGGCACGGAUGGGUCUCUGGAAACCGGCAUAGCUUACGACAAGACGUAUAGUGCAUACAUGCUCUUCUACCAACGGUCUUCGGUUUUGAAAGCAGAGCAAGAGAAGUUGCAACGCCAAUCUAUGCCGACCCCAUUGAAGGUCGAGGUCCCACUCGAAGUCAUCGAUCAUAUCAACGGGGAGAAUACGUUGCUCCUACGGAGACACUGUCUCUACGACCCAAACCACUCGAAAUUCGUGCUCCGGGUGUUCCAACAUGCCAUGAUGCGAAAUGGUGGGAAAUGUUCUGACACACACGUCGUUGAGCAGCAUGCGAUGUUCAUGUUUCUUGGCCACCUUGACCAAGUUGCAUCCCGAACCAAAGACCUCCCCGACUUUGAAGAAUAUCGAGACGAGAUUGAGCAUGCCAUUGUCAACUGUGCUAAUUGCGCUGCGGACUUCUUCGAUUACUUCCAGGAGAGGCACGAAGCAUUCCGGCAACUUUUGCAGAGAAACCCGGACCCGGCCAUCAGAUACUCGAUCGGCAGUCUCUUCCUCACGGCCCUGCGGCAGAUCAAAACCUCUAGGCCAGAGAUGUGGGGGCUGUCACAGGACGAGCUGGUCGAAGACCCUGUCAUAAUGCAGUGCGUUCAGCUGCUCGAGGCGCUAUGGAACAACUUCCACGCUAAUAUCAGGUCAUGGCCUGAAGUUUUCCAAACUAUCCUAGCCUUUGCGCAAUUGGGCACGAUGGAGACUGCUGUGCUCAUGGCGGAAAAUUGGUUCUACAGGGUGCUACGCAUUGUCUUUGCUGAUGCCAACAUGGAUCUUCCCAGCAACUACGCUCGAAUGCUUACGAACGUCAUUCGUCGCAUCAGCAAUACGCGCUCAACAUCGUACGAAAUGAUCAUCCAGCUGAUCGACCACUUCAUGGACGCUCUAGAGGAUGUCCUUGACGUUCACACAAUCGUCGAAAGUGCCGAGAUGCGAUUGGAUAUCUACAUGGAACAUCAGGCGCCAAAAAUGUCAUGGACCCCAGAAGAGAUCAACGUCUUAACCCACGAGUGGAAGCUAGACGCAGGCAGUACUUUUGUCAAAAAGCUGAUCGAUAUCGACCAAGAGCCUGCUUACACAACAUCGAUCAUCAAAAGGAUCAUUAACCUGAGCCCCGACAUGGAUAACAAAGUCUUCACACUCCUCAGAAAUACGAUAACAGGCGGCGCAGUACAGUAUUCCAACGCGCCCUACAUCAGAGCUGCUGCGUUAUACUCCCAAGAGAGCAGAAACGCAGCCAAUAUCCAGGCCCUCUUCCGCACGAUAGCAUUCCAGUGCAGGGCACUGCAAAACACGGACGGACAGGCCUUUCUGGAGUUUUUCCGACUUGCCUAUGUGCAUCUGCAGAACGAAAGAGAGGAGAUUCGGGUUCUGCGGUAUCCUCAAUACGUCGAGUUUAUCCCUAUGUGGGCACCUCCUCUGUUGGGCUACUACGACGCAGAUGUGCGACAGGGCACGGAAACCCUCCUCUAUAUGUGGUUCGAGAAUCAUGACUUGCUCGAUGGUGAAGACGAGAGUUUGGCGGCAGCUAUAAACGCAACGGCACGGAAGCUUGCCAUGAGCUGCCUGGUAUACCUUCAAGAAUACUUUGUCAAGCGACGCGCUCAGGUGGCAAAGCAUUCCACCGAGCACCUCCAGGCCAUUAUUGCCAAGUGUGAACCCUUCUUUGGGGUCGAUCUGGGACUUGAAAAUGAUCGCCUCAUUACCUUUGCAGAGUACCAAAAUCUCUACCACUCUGUCCUUGAGCCAUUGCGCCGCAUGACGGUUGAAGAAUUGGAGGAUGAGGGCUCCGACUGGGAGAAUUCGUGCGGGUCCUCCGAGCAAUUGGAAAGCAUUGCGGACAUCAGUAUGCAGGCGGCUGGCGACCUUCCAGAGUCAGACCUCCAGUGACGGAAACCGCCGGCGACCCUGACGAAUUGAACGACUAUGACAUUACUUGUGAACAUAAAUGGUGCGACGUGGUAGGAAACAGGCCAACUGCGUAAGGCGUCUAGGAGACGAAGGACGGGUUCUGAAAUUAGCAGCAGAGAGCGCUAUACAUGGACGGCGGAAGCUUCUUGCAUUUACAUGGCGUGUAGGCGUUUGAGGGCCCAAGGAAGGGUAAAAGUUUUCCAAGUCCAGCAGAUGGGCAGUAACGGCCGAAGGGACAGGGUAUCAUGGCCUUUGACGAAUUGCUGUAAACUGGGUCUUUUCUUUAUUGGACGGAUGACUAGGCGGAUGCGGAGAUUGCGAGGAAGUGCGUGAUAGAGCCAGAGAUGGGUCUUGAUGCCGAGAUUAGCAUUAUCAGCAAGACCCUCGCAGCCGGGUCUCAUAGAGAGAUAUCAAGUCUAGGAAUUAUUUUUGGCACACUUGCCUAGUCGAAGAAGAGUAAAGUAAAGAGCUAAGAGCUGCACAAUGACUGGUGAGAUGAAACGAUGGAAGAUCAAGUAGUACCCGGCGGCAUUUGCUAGUGAGUGGAUAUGAAGACGGGUAAUGUGAUGAUGAGC